AGAGUUGUUAAUACGUCACUUCCUGGCGGGGUUUCGAUCUACAUCCAUGGAAAAAAUAAACAAAACCAGUGACAGCGGUAGUAAACAGUGGAUAACUUAACACUACCUGUCAGACUGAGACCAACUGGUCGUUUUUUGGUAUUUAAGUCGUUAAAAGUGGGAGAAAAGUAUUUGGUAACUUACUGUUGUCUUUACUUCAUUUGACUCACCGGUAACUUUAGCAUCAAUUAAACAAGGCUUCACUGUUUUAUAAUGGAUCCAUCUGAUGAUGUGGGGAGCCUCAACCACAUUGCUAUGGCACCAAAUGAUGGUCUUGCUCCAGUUCCUGAUGACUCUGCUGAACAGAAGGAGACCCCACCUACAGACAUGCUGAGAAUCAAACAGCAGAUGUCCAACCAGUGCUUUGAGAUGGCGGUUCAACUCCAUGCAGGAAAAAGUAAGAGAACGUGCAGCACAUCUGAAGCUGAGAGAGACUUGCCAGAUUACAUCACUGAGCUGGAAAGCGUCAAGACGAUUCAUUUUAACAGCACAUUGGCAUUGCACAGAAUGCAGAUGUGGCACGCUAUUGGAGAAAAGCUGAAACAGAAUGAUUCAGAGGCUGAUGCGCUGAAGGCCGUGAGUGAUCGCUGCAUGGCUCUGUGUUCACACAUAAAACAACUUCAGAAAGAGUCAAGAGAUCUUCAAGAUGAAAUCACAGAAAUGCAGAAGAAGAGGCUUGAGAUGAAGCGGCUCACACAUGAGAAAAUGAAAGAGAUGGAAGAGUUGAAGAGGAAAGAGCAUCCAGAUACAGAAAAGUACAAAGCAGCUUUGGAGAAAGGCCGAGCAAACCUGGAGAAAUACAAAAAGAUGACCGUCAUGACACAGAAUGUCUUGAGGGGCAUCUUCUUGGCGUGUAAAGUCAACUGGCUGGAUGAUCCCAAACUUCGAGACAUUGCCAUGACGCUGGAGGAAUUUCCCAUCUCUGAUUAGAGAAGGAAUCCACUUAUCUAAUAUUUAUAUGUGUCUGUAUUGUUUUAUAAAAAAAUAUCAAUAAAUAAUCAUAAACUGUAAAAAAA